AUGUCCGAAGGCGCGAUCGUUCUUGAUCCGGCUCCUGGUCCUGCCACGGAGGUGAAUGGCUUGCACUCGCCGCCCGAUUCUAAUACCAAGGAUGCCAGUGACAGCGAGCUUUCUGACCUCGAGGACCAGGAACCACCGACCCCCGAUUCCCACGAUAUAGGCGAAAUAUACCCUUCUUAUUAUUCAAAUGAUGGGGUGCCUGUGUUUGUGCCGACUAUGGAUCAAUUCCGAGACUUCACGCUAUAUAUGGACAAAAUAAACAAAUAUGGCAUGAAAUCCGGCAUUGUCAAAGUUAUCCCUCCUGCCGAAUGGAAGGCCGCCCAACCUCGACUCGAUGAAGCUGUCAAGACAAUUAAAGUCAAGGAACCGAUCAAGCAAGAUAUGAUGGGCACAAGUGGUACAUAUCGGCAAGCGAACCUUAUACAUCAGCGAUCAUAUAAUCUUCCACAGUGGCGUCAGUUGUGCGACCAAAGCGAUCACCAGCCCCCGGCGAGAAGAGGAGAAAGAAGAGCAAACCAGGACCGACCGACUAGAUCAGCACCAAGGGCCAGAGCUACCGGAACCCCAUCAGCCGGGUCAUCUAAGAAAAGUAAAGGCAAGCAAUCAGCAAAAAGUAAGUCUAGGGGGGCUACGGUGGAGAAAGAGGAUGAAGGCCAGGGCACCCCAGAUCGUCUACCAACACCUGUCUCCCCGUCGAUGAAGGCUGAGGAAGACGGCCAUUCGAUCAAGCUCGAACCGGAUGAUGAUGAUGAGGGAAAGCCUAGACUAGGCUCAAGACAACCUAAGGCUAUAUCCGUUUCGUCCCGUCGGAAGAAUAAUCGCCGUGAAAUGGCAGCAAAAGUUGACGAAGCCGCUUUCAAAGACUUCAAAUACGAUUUCAACGGGGAUGAAUAUACUCCAGAACGCUGUCAAGAGCUUGAGCGCGCUUAUUGGAAGACACUCACCUACGCCCCACCACUUUAUGGUGCCGAUAUGCCGGGUACACUGUUCGACGAUCGGACUACAAGUUGGAAUCUUGGCAAACUAGACAAUAUUCUUGAUGUGCUAGGGGCAAAAAUUCCCGGUGUUAACACUGCAUAUUUGUAUCUGGGCAUGUGGAAGGCCACUUUUGCUUGGCAUCUUGAGGAUGUUGAUCUGUACAGCAUCAAUUACCUCCAUUUCGGCGCCCCAAAACAAUGGUACAGCAUCGCCCAAGGAGAUGCCCGAAGAUUUGAAGCAGCGAUGAAGAGUAUCUGGCCAGCCGAUGCCAAGGGGUGUGACCAGUUUCUUCGCCACAAAACUUUCCUGAUCUCGCCUUCGUACCUCCUACAAAAUUUCAACAUCAAAGUCAACAAGAUCGUCCAUAACCCCGGAGAAUUCGUAAUAACUUUCCCAUACGGGUAUCACUCGGGGUACAAUCUGGGUUACAAUUGCGCUGAGGCCGUCAAUUUUGCUCUAGACUCCUGGGUUGAAUAUGGUCGUGUUGCGAAGAAGUGCGAAUGUGCCCUUGCCCAGGACAGUGUCUGGAUUGACGUCCAUGACCUCGAGCGUAAAUUGCGGGGCGAAGAGACGGAGUUUGAGGUGACCGAUGAUGAAGAGGAAGAUGACGAGGAUGGAGAUCCCGCAACAAAUCUUCCUACUCCUCCCUCAAGCAUCGAUGAUGCAAAGACAAAAUCCCUCAAGAAGAAACGCAAACGCCCUGUUAAUGACAAGGGCAGCAGUCGCAAUACCAAGAAGAUACGUGUGCGCAUCAAGGUGCCAGCGAAGGAGCCUUGUAUACUUUGCCCCAACGACAUCCCAUCUGAAUCCCUGCUGCCCACUGAAAAUGGGGAGAAAGCUCACCGUAUCUGCGCUCAAUAUAUUCCCGAGACCUCAAUCGACGAAGAGACUGUCAAAGACAUCAAGUACAUCGCUAAAGGUAGACUGGAUCUCAAAUGCAACUACUGCCGAUCCAAAAAAGGCGCAUGCUUCCAAUGUUCGCGCAAGAAAUGUACAAGAGCGUACCAUGCCACUUGUGCGGCUGCGGCUGGUGUGUUUGUUGAGCAGGGUGACAUUCCUGUAUUUGGGGAGGAUGGUACAGAAUAUAAGGACUGGGGAAUAGAGUUUAGCUGUCGUUUCCAUCGCGUUAAGCGAGAUAAGAAGUUCGACAGUGACGCUCUUUCCGACUGUGAACGUCUCCGAAAGGCUGGCUCGGAACUGAAUAUUGGUGAUGUUUGCCAGGUACAAUAUUACAGAGGCGACAUCUUUGCUGGUGCAGUUGUGGAGAACCGCAAGGACGAAGAGACUGUCCUUUUAGAUGUUCUUCCACGAGGUGACCGUGUUGAAGUUGAAUAUAAGUGGCUUCUUCUUCCAGAUGCUGCAGAUUACCACCUUCCCAAGCCGUCAGCCAAGGCUAUUCCCAUGCCGAAGUUACGCAAGGACAAGGAAUCACUCAAUACUACUAAACGCCAAGUUAAUGACAUACCCAGGGCAGAGGAUCCUUUUGUUGAUGGCCAUACAUGGGCUGAGUUCAAGAAUGAGAAUAUCCCGGCCAACCCGGCGCAAGUCAAGAUCGACUUUGAGAAAGAGAACCAGAUCUGGUUCUAUCUUGGGAAGACCUCCACAGAAGCCAGAGCCCAGUUCACGGAAGAUCCAAAGAAACCUACAUACAAUCCAAAGGGUAAUUUCUUGGAUACUAUUCCGAAACCUAUCGCUGCGACCGCGCGCCAGUCGUACGCGGCUUCGUAUCCGUCAAAUGCCAAAUACCACGCCUCGAGCGCUCCUCAGCCCCCUAGCCGGCCAGCCCCGCCUCCAACUACUGCGGCUGUCAAGUCUGAUAGACCAUACAUAUACAAACCUCGCAGUAACGAAGAGGCAUAUCGCAUCGAUCCGCAAGCUUACCGCUCCCAGCAAAACUUCCUCCAGCGAUCUACUCCCUACAGCUUUGGCACGGAUCCACGAUGGAAACCCGCGGACUCAAACCCUUCGAACCCACAUCCGGGACACCCUUCUUCAGCGGGUAAUCCCGGAGCGCCAGUAUCUAGGUCUCUCGCACCUCCGGCCCAGCACCGGCCUUCGCUCCAACAUACAGCGCCAUCAAAGCCGAAUAGUCCUUUCGGUGGUAGAACCCAAAGCUCGCGGCCAAAUCCAUUUGCGAAGUAUCCAUACUUGCAGAAGGAGCACAAUAGAUCACCUUUGGAAUACAAGAGCCCCUACAGGCCUGGUGGUGGGUUUAUGAAUGGUUACCAAGGCAGUCUUGAAAAGCACCUGCAGCGAACUUUUUUCCAGAAUCAUCCAAGCGGGGGAACUGCAGUUUCAAAUCCUUUGGUUCCAGCACAUAACAACAACUCGCGAAUGCCAUAUAAUGGAAACCAACCAACCACUAAUUCAACUCAUCCUCCCGCUUACCAGCCCUCAUAUGGGGCCUAUGGGACUACACCCGCGGCGAAACAUCAGCCAUCUCAAACACCCCUAGCGACAUUAGCCCCCCCGAACGGCUGGGAAAAGAGGGAUACAUCGCAAUUGCACCCCGCCAUCCGACAAGAGUACCACAACCCGAUGUUUCACACUCAAUACCACCCCCCACCCCGCCCUUCAUCCUCCCAAAAUCGGAGUUCUGUUCUACAGCCGCCGCCGCUGUACGAUAGACCAACAUACCAACCCCCUCCCCAAACGAAUCAGCAUUACGCGGGUCAUAACGCGCCUCUAGCUCCUCAACAUCAACCUCCACCACAAAACUAUAGCCACGCUCCAUCCUACCCAAGUCACUCAGCUUCACACCCACAACAAUACAGUAAACCCGUCUCCACCCACUCAACACAGCCUCAGCCUCAGCAACAACCUAUCCCACAGGCGCCCAAUAUCGGCUCUACUCUGCAGCAACCGGUGCGUCAGUCCACAAGUCACUCGGAGCUUCAAGCUCCGCGGCGCGCUGGAGACUCGGAGCAAAAGCCUGUAUACCCACAUCAGCAGUACGCCCCAAAACCUGAUGCGCAGAUGCAAAUUUCGCAGCCUCAGCUCACGGGUACCCACAAAUAUGAACCAGCAGAUGUGCCUGUUGAUUCCAGUUCGAUAAUUGAGAAAAUGAUGGCGAACCUCAGGAAGGCGAAGGCAGCGGAGACUACCGCGCCUCAAGCAUAA